CGAGCGAAGGCUCAUCCACGGAGCCCGGCGCGGGAAAGCGACUGUGCUGAGCGGGGCUGCCGCAGGGACUCAGACUGGGAGGCGCAAAAGUUUGCAACAGCGCCUUUUGCCUCCUCGACGGGCCGGAGCAGCCUUUCCUUUCCCAGCGAGGCGGCUGCAAACUUCCUUUGCUGGGAGAACUUUGGCAGGAGGCGCGCUGGGUUUCUUUCUGCAGAGUUGAGCGCGUGUAGCUCGCUCGCUCGCUCGCUCGCACUCGCACACACACGUGUACGCACGCACGCACGCACCCCGCGAUUUGCUCCCAAAAGAGGCCCGAGCCAAUAGACCUAGAAGAAGGCUUUGCCUUGGGGUUAACACAGAAGAGUUUUGUGAUCCUUCAUCAUGAAGAGUGUAGCAGAAGAAUGGUUCAGAGUAACUGCUUUGCUAUUUAUAGUUCAAGCAGUUGCUGCUAUGGUACUUCCCAAUGCAACAUUGUUUGAAGAGCUGCUGGACAAAUACAUGGAUGAAGAUGGUGAAUGGUGGGUCGCCAAGCAAAGAGGAAAAAGAGCUAUCACUGACAGUGAUAUGCAAAGCAUCUUGGAUCUUCAUAAUAAAUUACGGGGUCAGGUGUAUCCACAAGCAUCCAAUAUGGAAUAUAUGACAUGGGAUGUAGAGCUGGAGCGAUCUGCACAGUCCUGGGCUGAGACAUGCCUUUGGGAACAUGGGCCUUCAAGUCUUCUACCAUCUAUUGGGCAGAACUUGGGAGCACAUUGGGGAAGAUAUAGACCUUUAACAUUCCAUGUCCAAUCAUGGUAUGAUGAAGUGAGAGAUUUUACCUAUCCUUACCCACAAGAAUGUGACCCUUAUUGCCCCUACAAAUGUUCUGGGCCUGUGUGCACUCAUUAUACACAGGUGGUAUGGGCUACAAGUAACAGAAUAGGCUGUGCUGUUAACUUGUGCCAUAACAUGAAUGUCUGGGGACAGAUAUGGCCAAAAGCCAUUUAUUUGGUGUGCAAUUAUUCUCCAAAGGGCAACUGGUGGGGACAUGCUCCAUACAAACAUGGUCGCUCAUGUUCUGCAUGUCCACCUAGUUUUGGAGGAGGCUGCAGAGAAAAUCUAUGUUAUAAAGAAGGUUCUGAAAGGAUUUACUCUCCUGAGAUGGAGACCAAUGAGAUUGAACGGCAGCAAAUGCAUGUCCAGGAUGCAUCACAAAAUCAGUUAAGCCUGUAUGCAACUGCCCAUGACGAGGCUGAAAGAAAUGAAGUCAUAAGCAAACAACAAAUGUCUCAAAUAGUUUCCUGUGAAGUACGGUUAAGGGACCAGUGCAAAGGAACAACAUGUAAUAGAUACGAAUGCCCUGCUGGCUGCUUGGAAAGCAAUGCCAAAGUUGUUGGAAGUGUACAUUUUGACAUGCAAUCAAGCAUUUGCAGAGCUGCAAUACAUUAUGGCAUCCUAGACAAUGAGGGUGGCUGGGUUGAUGUUACCCGGCAGGGAAGAAGACAUUAUUUCAUAAAGUCCUAUAGAAAUGGAGUUCAGUCCAUUGGCAAAUACCAGUCUGCAAAUUCCUUCACAGUCUCUAAAGUACCAGUGCAAGCGAUUACUUGUGAAACAACUGUGGAACAAUUAUGCCCAUUUCACAAGCCAGUCACACAUUGUCCAAGGGUAUAUUGUCCUCACAAUUGCAUGCAGGCAAAUUCACACUAUGCUCGAGUAAUUGGAACACGAACAUAUUAUGAUGUAUCUAGUAUUUGCCGAGCAGCUCUCCAUGCUGGAGUAAUUCGCAAUGAAGGAGGCUUUGUUGACAUUAUGCCAGUUGAUAAAAGAAGAAUGUACAAUGCUUCAUUUCAAAAUGGCAUUUCUUCAGAAAGUUUACAAAAUCCUCCAGGAGGCAAGGCAUUCAGGGUGUUUGCUGUGGUUUGAAGACAGCAAGAAAACAGUACAAAUAAUAUCAAAACACAGUGCUUGGAAGAUGAGAAAGAAAAUGCCAUUCAUCUACUUCUUGAAAUUUGUACAAAGGUGUAAUGUUGCUGAACGGAAGAUAUUUACUGUUUUCUGAUUGGAAAAGUGUUUAACUGCAUAUAAAUCUAACUGGGGGAAAAUCUGUAAACAUGGGAAAAUUCAUAUAAGAAGCUAUGAUCAUAAAUAACUUGUUUUGAAUCCUGUGUUAAAUAUUGCUAUAUUUUCUUAGCAUGUAUUCCGAUGCAGUUCAUUCAAAGCUCAUAAAUGUUCCAGUUUAAAAAUCCAAAUACAUGAUGUUUAUGUAUGCCACUAAGGUUAAGUAUAUCUAUGAUAGAUCCUUUAUCCUUGUACAUAGAAUCAUUCAUUGCUUAUAAGUGGCAGGUGGUGGGGAAAGGGGAAGAACUGAAGCCCUGAAGCAAACAAUGAACACAUAUUGCUACAGAAAUGUACAAUAAUCAGCAUGGAAACUUGUGCAAGUUUCAUGCCAGUUUUCCUCUGACUUUUUAUAAAAUGCCAAGUACAACAUAUCCUGGCAUAUCCUGGGACACAGACUAGGUAUAUAGUUUUUGUAUUGUGUUUGUACACAUCCUUUUUUAAAAAAUGAAAAAUAUAAACAAGUACUACUAACUGCACAGUCAUUUACAUAAUUUGGUGCAAUGUAUGGCUAAAAAUUAAGGAUUUUUAUUUGCCACCUUAUCAGGUAUCAUUGGGACUUACAUUUCAGGAAAACUUUAGAAUUGAGUUUAAAUCCAGACUAAGUUCCUUUUUGUUCCAAUUCUAAGUAACGCCAGUAAGCACAGGUUUGUUGAUAGGACUGACACCCCACACAACAUACUUUGGCCUAUACAGUAUAUGGUUUUGAUCGAUGGAGAAGCUUCGCUGUAAAGCAAUGUAUCGCAUAAGCCCUAAAUUUAUUCAGACCUGUGCAGAGAUUCACUGGCUAACAUGUAGGGCUAAGCUGGCUGUGUUGUAACCCAUUCCCCCUAUAUCCAUGUGUGCCUCACUGCUAAUUAGACCUUUGUGUAUUGAAUGCAAAAAUCUGAAAUGCUCUUUGCAAGCACGUUCAGUUGAACACACUUAGAGAGAGCCCUUGUUAGGAAGCUCUAAUAAGUGCUGGACAAACCUGCUCAAAAUGUGAAGGUCUACCCAGCAAUCUGGUGCAAGGGUACACUGGGGUGAGGGGAAUACAUGUGCAUCCGUGUCCUUCACCCUUUUUUAUCAUUACAUGUGGCAAUGCAUCUGGCAUUUAUUCCUGCAGGGCAGGACACGGUGCCAAAGAUUGCUAUCCCAUCAUUUUUCAACAUUUUAUCAAAAUAGCCCUAUGCAUUAAAUCUACCAUAUUGUGGUAUAUUAGGAAUCAAUAUAUAAGGAUAACAAUAUCACAUUUUCUAUGAAAAGUGUCUAGUAUAACACUGUAAAAUGGAAAAAUGGUGGUUUUAGGGGUUUUUUGUAAUGUUGAAAUUGAACUUUAAAGUUUCUUUCAAAAUAUCAUUGGUACUGAUAUUCUUCAUAUAUGCAUCACAGUAUUAUUUUGUUUCGCUACAUGUACUACCUCAUGUAGUUAGGCAACUAUUUUUAGCUUUUUUAAAAAAUUCUUUUUAAAUAAAAGUCAAUUAAAUGACAA